CUGGCGGGGGGAGGGGUGCGGCUCAGAGGAAGCGGAAGUGUCAGAGCAGGCGGAAGUGGUACUGCCCUGAAGACCCUGAGCAGCGAGCGGAGGACGGCUUGAUAAACUCGCAUCUUCCAGAGACUUCAAUCGGCACUCCGAGCACGCUCCAAAUCCUAAAAGAUGGAUAAGAACGACCUGGUGCAGAAAGCCAAGCUGGCAGAGCAGGCCGAGCGCUACGACGACAUGGCGGCUGCCAUGAAGGCCGUGACGGAGCAGGGCCUGGAGCUCAGCAACGAGGAGCGCAACCUGCUCUCCGUCGCCUACAAGAACGUUGUGGGGGCCCGUCGUUCAUCCUGGCGCGUCAUCUCCAGCAUCGAGCAGAAGACGGAGGGGAACGAGAAGAAACAGGUCAUGGCCCGUGAUUACCGCGAGAAGAUCGAGUUAGAACUCCAAGAAAUCUGCCACGACGUGCUGAAUCUGCUCGACAAAUUCCUCAUAGCCAACGCAACUCAGGCAGAGAGCAAGGUGUUCUACCUCAAAAUGAAAGGAGACUACUUCAGAUACCUGUCCGAGGUGGCCUCUGGGGACUCAAAGAAGGAUACGGUAGAGAACUCUCAGCAGGCCUACCAGAACGCCUUCGACAUCAGCAAGAAGGACAUGCAGCCGACGCACCCCAUCCGGCUCGGCCUGGCCCUCAACUUCUCCGUCUUCUACUAUGAAAUCCUCAACUCUCCCGAGCAGGCCUGCGCUCUGGCCAAGCAGGCUUUCGACGAGGCGAUCGCCGAGCUCGACACCUUGAACGAGGACUCGUACAAAGACAGCACGCUGAUCAUGCAGCUACUAAGGGACAACCUCACUCUGUGGACAUCGGAAAACCAGGGAGACGAGGGCGAGACCGGCGAUGGAGAGAACUAGAGCGCACUUCACUGUUAACCCAUCCCCACUCUCUUCCUCUUCCUUUUAUCUCUCUUCCUCUUUCUUCUCUUCUUCCUCUCUUCGUACACAUAAACAGCCCAUUCAUUCCCUCGUCCCACUCGUUCAAGCCUAGCCUCCCGACUUCCCUUCUGUAUAACCAACAGCAUGAAUAGUACCUGACCUUCACGGAUCAAAUUAAAGAUAAAAAGAAAGGAGGGGGGGUAGAAAAACGACAGAAACUACCCCGUCACCCCGAGAUCCUUCAUCCCUCCUCCCUCCAGCCUUUCCUCCCCUCACCAUGGCACUCCAAGGCCGGCCAGCAGGCGAAGGCCAGCAGGCGGCGGCCAGCAGCCGGUCUCGUCUUAUAGCACGCAGGGAGGGUUUUUAUCCACAACCUCAAAUUCAAUUUGUUGUUUCUAAAGUCCACGAAGCCCCGUUUUUAUCCUCCUCGUUUUUAUUUCCUUCCUCCUCCAUUCCUUCCAUUCUUCCUCACUCCUCUUCCCUCCUUCCUAACAUCUCGGUAUGUUCUCUCACCCGCCCUCCCUCCCUCCCUCCCCUCCCCCCCCUCUCUAGCGAGUUAAUGCAUUUAUAUAGUUGUCCAUCCCUUUUUCUUUUUGGCUAUUCUUAGUGUACUGGCUUAACGGCUGGUUUUAUUCCACAUUACGAAAACGAAAAAAAAGGUUAUUAAACUGUCCGUUUAUUUUCAACAAACACUGUGAUGCUUAGUUUUUCCUCCACCAGAUUUAAUGGUCAAAUUGAUAUUGAGCCGGGAUUGAUCGGGGGUGUGUUUGAUCAGCAGUGCGAUUCUGCUGAGGUUUAUACAGAAGGGUCCUCCUAUACAAGGCUGUAUUGUGACACUGACAAACCUAAAAGCAAACGUGUUUUACCUGCUGUGUAACCGAACACUCGCUGUUUUUCACUUUUAAUUUCCUGUCUAACCGGGACCGGGGUUUUAUUCCAAGCCACUCUGCAUAUUUCCAGUUUGGAGCUAAAAAAAACUAAAACUAAAAAGAUUCGGAAAAUGGUUAAAUUAAAAACAUUCCAUUUUAAUGUACGAGAAGAUUUUAGACGUCUUUCAAAACAAACGGGACCUGCCUGCUUCCUGGGAUCCGCCUCCUGUCCAGGUGCUGUUGAACAUCUGUACCGUCCCUGAAGUUAGUUCCUUAAACACGUUUAUUUCCCUCUGCGGUUGCUUUUGUUUCUCUUUAUGUGUGUGUGCGUUUGUGUGUGUUUGACAAAUCAAACCCUUUGUUCUGUUAUUUUGAAAACUGUAAAAUUGUAAAACAUUUUUAGAGCCUAACUGUAAAUCUGUCUUUUAGAAAAACAAAACGGUUUUGUCGAUAUUGUUCGUUGACACCUGCUUGUAAAGAAACCUUGAAGCCGUU